AUCAACUUCCGUCAUCCAUGUCCUAUGCUCCUGCGCAAGCUUCCCCCCAUACAUCUGUGGUAUUUGUAACCAAAUGCGUUCAGGUGUUGUAUUCCGAUGCGAGAAGUGUGACUUAAAUAUGGAUAUUGAAUGUGUUCUCCGUCACAAGACGAUUAAUCAUUUUAGCCAUGGACACCCAUUGACACUUUCUCACAAGAAAGAUGAUGAUGGUGCUUGCUGCAGAGCUUGUGGGAAGAAAUGCUCGGGUGCCACCUACUCUUGCAAUAGAUGCAGCUUUUGUUUACACGAAUCUUGCGGGGAAUUACAACGAGAGAUUCAUCAUGAACUUCAUGAACACCCUCUUACUCUCUUUGAUAAAUCAUUUCGAUGCGAUGCAUGCUUAGUGGAGUCCAAUGGUUUCACCUACAACUGCUCAUCGUGCAACUUCAAUCUCCAUGUUGAGUGCACUUCCUUGGCACCUUCUAUUAAAUAUGAAGGUCAUGAUGAGCAUCUUCUUACUUUUGUAAGUCAUGUUUAUGGGAAGCCUCCUUGCCAUGUGUGUGAUUCUAAAUAUUCUUGGGAUUAUAAAUAUUCUGGUGAUCCUAAAUAUUCUAAUAUUUCUAAAUAUUGUGGGGAUUCCUAUUUACGCUGUGUGAAGUGUGAUUUUAAUGUCCACCUCAUGUGUGUUCCGCUCCCUUGUGUAAUUGAACAUCCUUGCCACACUGAUCCUCUUGUUCUUAAAGAUUGUCAUAUAGACGAUGCUUCUGAAGGUCAAGAGUAUAUUUGCGACGUUCUUGAUUGUGAGCUGGAAAGAGAUCCUCGAGAAUGUGUUUAUUAUUGUGAAGAAUGUGACUUUGUAGCUCAGCUUGGUUGUGUUUUGGGAGAGCUCUUGCCUCUAUUACAAGGAAAGUGUGGAAACGUGGAAUGGAAAAAAGUUGACAGAGAUGUUGCAGUUAAAUUACUGGAAAGAAAAUUCAUUUCCUUCAAUGACAUACUAAACUCUUUUGAUGAAGAUGAUAAGAAGGAAAUGGAUCAUGUUUUAUCAUCUUUUCGCAGGGAGCGUGACAUAAUCUUUAACAAUUCACCUGAGGACCAUUUGUCAAACUACGCCAAUAAUUUCUUUAAAUAUCAUUCAUAUUUGGACGAGGCUUUCUUCAGGUUUGCAGGCACAAUUGAGCCUAGAAUACCACUUGAGCUCACAAUCAAUGGAUUAGAGAUUGUCAAAGUUGGAAAUCAUGAGGUCACAAAACAAUUAAAACCUGUCUUAGAAAAGUUGAUUGAAAAAUAUGGUGAUUUCACCGCUGACUCCACUUUAAAAAGGCCCAAUGUCAAGACAUAUCACCUGGUUAUGUUUUGCCAUGUCGUACAUAGCAUGUGCAACACUAAGGUUAUGAAUAUCAAUGCAGAUUUACUGAGACAAUGGUGGAUUAACUGCAAAUUAGCACAGCGUGCUGGAUUCAAAAUUCAAUUUGCCUUUGAAAGUCUGAACAAAGUAGCAUAUGUUCGGUUUACCCUUGUAUCUGAAUUACAUGCAGGUGCCAUCCUUGAUCAAUAUGAUGAUCGAAUCACAGAGUAUUCUAAUCGGAUUAUGGAAUGCAGAAAACAAUUAGAGGAACUCAAAGAAAAGCGUGUGCAACAUGUAUCAUCUACUAGAUUCGCAGAAUCAAGUCAAGCGGAGGGAUUCUUGCGCGAAGCUUUGGCCUUGAGAUUGAAUACAGCAAUGGCUAAUAUGUUGUAAUCUAUGCAGACACCUGAAUUACUUUCAUGUUUAAGCAUUCAUAAUUCAAUUGCAUCCUUGUCAGGUCUUUUGA